AUGUAUGAGUUUCUUGAUCCAACAGCUCUCGAGUCAUUUUUGGGAAUUGCAGCUGCAGGGGGUGCUUCAGGUGCCAACAGUAACCUCUCUCGGUCAGUUGCUGCGCCAGUCCCCGUGUCGGCGCAACAUUUUGUCCUCACUCCAAUUUCACAUUCGCCACACGCACUUCCGGCAAAUAUUUCUGUUAGUUGCCCUACAUCUCAGACUGUUGUCUCCACUUCACAGUCCCAAAGUUUUAUUUGUACACCAGUUAAGAGUUCGAGCAGUUCUUCGGGAAUUGCAGUUGUAGCUUCCAGCAUAGCUUUUGGGCAUUCAGAAGCUGUUAUCAGUUCUUCCAAUAUAUCCUUUAGUGACUCUUCCAACAACUUGUGCCUGGAAACUUCUGGUAUUCAGAUUGGGAGUUCCAGAAUGCCAUCUGGGCCAUCCGGUGCCCCUGUUGGACCUCCAGCACUCGCUCAAGCGGUUUCUGCAAGUUCAAAUGUUUCCGGAUCCUCUAGCAUAGCGACAGUACUUAAUAAUUCGAACAUUCCUGUCGGAUCUAGUGGUGUUUCCAAUAUACUUGUCGGUCCACCCGGUACAGUCUUUACUUCGGCAAAUUUAUCACUCUCACAAAUGACUGUACCUCAAAGCACUACUGCGUCUCCGAGUUCACCGUUCUCCAUUCCUACUAGGUCACCACACGCACCCCCUACUCCAUCUCCGAGCCCACUUCCGAGGAGAUCACCUGCACCUCAGCACCCUCCGUCACCUGCUCCUUCUCCGUAUCAUGUGCAGCUGCAGUCUCCUCAAAACAGUGCUGCCACAGCGACAGCUGGUUUUGUCCUAUCUGCAACUGCCCCGCAGGCAAAUUUGGUGAAAGACAUUAUCACCAGUUUACCUCUACUACAGCCACCAUCCUUGAAGACUGUACAGGGCUCUAACAUUAAUGCUCCACUGACAGCUGGUAACUACAGUGUAGGGAAUUCUGUAAAAGAGGGUUUCAGGAGUGUGCACCAGCAAACUUCAACUGUCGUUUUACCCCAGAGACUGUCUGCAGCUACUGGCAACAGUUUGCAGUCUCCGCAAAAUGCAAGUUCUCCACCGUCUGUCCAAUCAUUUGUCAAUCUCCAGACACCGCAGCCUGUUCUGAUAUCCCAGUCUGCGAGCCUGCAGGCUUGCCCGGGCAGCCAGGUGUUGACCCACGGUGCCAAGAACAGCAGUCCUGUCGGUCCAGCUACUAGUGGCAGUGGGCCUCUUACACCAGCUGGGGCUCUCACUCCAGCACCAUCUCCGUCUCCCCAGCAUCGCACUGUGCACAGCCCUGUUAUUCGAUCGACAACACCAACUCCUGUUAUACAUCAGGCAUUGCCAGCAGGCUUAGCAAUACCUGGUGCACAACAGUUCCCCGCAGUGAUGUCGCAGGGCGGUACAGCUGUUCUGCAGACUACCAAUCAUCAGCUAGUUCAGAUCAUUCAUCAGUCUGCUGCUGUGCAAGGUGCAAGCUUUCCAGCACAUACACAGAUUAUAACAACAGGUGGUGCUGCUGCCCCCGUUCACCUUCACUCGGCAGCGGCGGCUGCUGCAGCCAAUGCAGGUGCAGCUGCUGCCGCUGCCAAAACCAAACAGCCACCACAAAUUUUGCCUAAACCACCAGGAACUUCGAGUCUGACUGCAAGUUCGGGACAUGUAAAAAUUCCAAAUGUAGCAACACCACCUCAUCAAGGUUUACAUACACAGAAUCACAGUACAGCAGGAACUCAAGUCGUCAUUGGUCAAACAAAUCAAGCGGCAAUGAUACCAACUGCACAGGGAGGAACUCUGCUACUUAAUCAGGUUCUAAGGCUUGUAGCAGCACAGGGUACAGUGCAACUGCAGUCAAUUCAGACACCUAGUGGUCCCACACUUAUUGCAGUCCCAUCAGGCUCAGCAUUGAGUUUUCAACCGGUGUCUCAACUUACUUCACCACAGCAGCCGCAGACUCAGUCACAGCAAACAUCCAAACUAACAAAUCAACAUGUGUCUAUACAGACAUCAAAUACCAUUCUUCCAGCUGUCUUAAAUAAUAUUCCACAAUCCUUCCAGCAGAAUGCAUCAAGAACAAGUCUCCAGAAUAAUGCAGCAGUUACCAACUUGAACCUUAAUGUGCACAAUUUGAGUCUGAAUGUUACAAAUGCAAAUUCUGCAACAUGCUCUCAUAAUAGUGAUAUUUCAGGAGACUCUUUACCAUCCUGCCAGAGUUGUUCUGUCACUCAGCAGACCCCAAAUAGUUCAAAUAUUGUGUCAGAGUCGCCUGUAAAUGUGAACUUGAAUGUGAAUGCAAGUGAAAGUGCUUCAAAGAGGAACUCACCCAGUGGACUUCAUAAUACUCCUGAGGUGGCUAAAGAAAAUAUAGAAACAGUUAAUAUUAGAGAAUCAAAUGGAAACCAAAUGGUGGCUCCAACUCCUCUGCCUCUAAACAGGAAAAAGUCUAAGAAGAAGAAAAAGAAAAAUAAACUGGAUUUAGCCAACAUCAUGAAGUUGUCAGGUAUUGGAGAUGAAGAUGAUAUUGCCAUGUAUGAAGCAGAGGAACAACCAAUUACACCGUCGGCUGUUGGUCAUGUUCAUUCAGUUGACCAGUUGCAGUCUGAUAGCACUACUCACCCAUCACAAAUGUUGAACAACAUCCCAUCAGCUCCACAGAUUCCUAUGCAGGCUAAUGGCCAGGCAUCACUACGUGUUUCACUAGAGGACUGUCAGGUAGUGUUCCAGCCAACAUCUGAAACACAGCAGAACUCUCCAUCGGGCUCACCACAUCUUGUGUCCACAGGAACAAAUACUGUUAUGGCACAACCUAGCUCUGUUUCAUCCUCAAGCUUGCCCACAUCUCAAGUAAAUCCUGUUCACUUCGUGACUGCGAGCUACAGUUCAAGUACCUCUCAGAACACACAAACAUCACAGUCUGAAAAGUAUCAAUUACCAGCAAAACAGAAUGAUAGUUGUUCGAGUGGUUUGUAUUCUGACCUGUCUCUAAGAAACCAGCAAAGUAGGGACAUCACCUCUGAAGUUGGAGGCAAUAUAGAAGUAGCAGCAAUAACCAGUGCUUCAAAUCCAGUGACGUGUGAUGCAAUACAAAACAAAUCCAGUGGAAAUGAACUUGAGGAUAUUUUUGUAGGAGUCUCGGUAACAGAUCAGUCUGCUAUUAGUGAUAAAUUAGUUAAUUCUCUUCCAAGCAAUAUGAAUGUAAUUGUUGCAGAUGCUGUCAGUACUGUAAUUCCAGCAGUUACUACAUCAACAAAUACUUUAACUACUGUGACUCGAGAAGCAAGUUCGGCACCAAGUGCACAGUCAGUUGGAAAAUCGACACAGGUUUUGUGUACGGCAGUGGCUCCCAGUAAUGUAUCUAGCAGAAAUUCACAAAAUGAAAGUGUCAGCAUUUUAAUUGGUGGGAACCCAGCCAUUCCACCUUCAGGUUUCAUAUCACAUUCUGUCAUACCAGCAUCAAGAAAUUGUCUGCCACUAGAGUCCUCAAAAUGUACAGAUGGAGAAACAUCCAGACAGACACUAUCUGCUACAUGUGAUAAAGCUGUAAGUGCAAAUCCUCCCGGAAUCUUUAGUUCUGUCAGCCACAGUACGAGCACUAGUGUAGAACGUGUUGCAACAGGGAAUGCUGCCACGACACAAACAGAAAAUGUAGAUGUAGUUUCAACUUCAUCAGGAAAUACAUUAAUAGGCCCACAGGCACAACUUCAAAAUAGCCAACAGUCUACUACAAAAGUUUCAGAUAGACAGUCCACCUUCUUGCCAGUUUCUUCAUCAGCUAGCUCUCAAAACACAUGCAGUGCUCCAAAAACUUAUCCUUCAGUAGAUAAUGCACCAACUAUUUUAGGUCUCCAUGCAUUUCACAGUUUACAAGGUUUAGUCUCAUCUGCAACACCAUUGAUGGCAACUAUUCCACCAAUCACUUCAAAUGCAGCUACAACAAAUUCCAGCUAUGGAGGACCGUUGACAUAUACUGGAGCUGAACCUUUGGUAAUAGCACACCACCAGAGUGGCUUGCCGUCUGUAAUUACAGGACCACAACUGCUACAGUGCCUUCAACAAACACAAGGCCAACAGACAGGUUUAAUUAAUAUGUCACAUUUACAGUUAACACAAAAUGCAAUCAGCAAAGUUAUUGGGAGCUCUACAUCUAGCUUGUCAUUCAAUGCUGGUACGGGAACAAUUUUGAUUGGUGGAAAUCCUGUGGAAAAUUUCACAAAUGCUAGUCAGCCAAAAUCGACAUCUGCCACUGCAGCAGUUAUAAGCAGUGCAAAAUUUAUUCCUCAACCAUCUGUUCUCCUCCAGCAGUUAAACACUGGCUUACGAAGGUGUUCGAGUGAUUCAAAUUCUUCACUUUCCCUUGGAAGUCCUCCAUCUGUGAUUGGUUUAAUCAGUCAACAGACAGCUUCUCAAACAGAGCAGACUAGUAGUCAGCCUAUAAAAAAGGGCCCAUCACAGGAAUCUAUUGAAACGCAGACUGUCUCAAUAGGAGUGCAAAAUUCUAAUCCAAGCAGUUCCAGUUCAUUGCAAGGAUUUCAGAAUACAGUGCUGGAAAGUACAUCUCAUACGAACAAUAACUUUGUUUUGAAUAAAUUUACAAAAUCGGUGCAGUAUAAUAGUAUUCCUAGUGUGUCGCCUACUAUGAGUGCUGCCAAGAAGAAGAAGAAGAGGUAUGAACGAACACCACCAAAAAAUGUCACGUGUGUGUCAUCAGCAGGAAUUUCAAGCAAUAAUACACUGUCAUCAACAAAUUGUGUGAGGAACACUGCUCAACAUGUGGAAAAUGGGAACCGUGUUCUCCUGUCAGUGGAUUCCAGCAGGUGUGUGGUUCAAGAACGAUCUGCAGUGAAACCGUGUGGUAGUCACCUUCUUGUGCCGGGUCAGAAUUUUCAAAAACUCUCUGCAGAACCUGUUUCAUCUUCAUCCUCACCUUCAUAUGUUGUUUCCUCACCACAGUUCAGUGUUACGUCGAACAUCAGAGCAGCAGUAGUAUCAACAUUGGCGUCCCCCGGCUCGGUCGUGCAGCCAGAAUCGUCACACCAUUCAGCUGCGCUUUGUCAGCAAAGCAAUAUUUCUCCUUCCUCCAACAUAAUUCAUAGAAAUUUGUCUCCUGCCAGUGUUAUGUCUAAUGUAAAUAAAAAUAUAUUACAACAGACAAACAUAAUUCCUGCAACAAAUGUAAAUAAAGGUAACAGUCAUUUUACUUCAAGUCAGGAAAUGAGAAAUUCAUCAUCACAUCAAGUUCCGUCCAUUGUACAGACGAGUUUAUCAACGAAUAGUCUGAUGAUAAGCAAUCAGCCUGAAAUUUUACAGGUUUCUUCUAGCUCAGUUACUGUUAUAAGUAAUGGAAUAACAAGCACAUCUGAAAUUGCUCAAAGGAAGCAAGGCGAUAAUCAGCGUGCAGUGGUUCAGGUUAAUAACUCCCAGCAGACAACUAACUCUACUGGUGGACAGAGCCCUGUUAAAUUUGUGACUGUACAAGAUGAACAUCAGCAGGCACCAGCAACACAAAACGCAAAUCCUACAGCAUGUUCUAUUGGAAACCCACAGCAAACACUGAACAAUCAGUUAUCUCUGAAUAAUAUGAAUCCUAGUGUGCCUCAUCUAGUGCCAAUUCCCUCUAACUCCAUUGCGGUUCAUCCGGGAUCAUCACAUGGUCUUCAGAUACAAGCAGCGGGAACUACAGGGAGUCACGGUCUUUUGCCUGGAAGCAUCGUUCAGAAAGUGCACACCAUUCAACUCACUCCUCAGAAUCAGAAGCAUUUGAAAGCAAUACAGAUGCAGAUCCAGUCUUAUAUAACAAAGAAGACACUUAUUCCAAAUGACCACGUGUUGCAACAAUUAUUUGAGGAGCAGCAGAGAAUUUUAGCAACUGGGAUACUUGUUACUACCACCACCACAACCACUACUACUGCUACUGCUACUGCUGCUACUACUACUGCUACUACUACUACUCCUGCUGCUCCUGCUCCUGCUGUUGCUGCUGCUGCUACAACAACAACAACAACAACAACAACAAGUACUACUACUACUACUACUACUACUACAACUACAACAACUGCUACUGCUACUACUACUACUACUACUACUAAUAAUAAUAAUAAUAAUAUUAAUAAUAAUCCUGCUUCUCUUUCUGCUUCUACUUGCACCCCCAACACCAACACUAGUACUACAAGUACCUCAACCAUACCCACUGCUACAGCUGCUGCCAUUAACAUCCCUCCAAACACCAUCUCAUCAGCCACCACUGUUGCUAAUGCUACUAUGAAAUUUACUGCCACCAGUGCAAGUACCACUGGUGGCUCUGCCAUGAUAAGUGUUAAUAUCAGUUCUCCUGCCCUGGUUUCCAUAUGUUCAUGUGACAGUAUUGUUAUGACAGACAGACAGUGCAGAUGUGUUAAUCGUGGUGUUAACAGUACCGUUAAUGGCUUUAAUCAAUCUCACAAUUCUGCAAAUACAGUACUGGAGACAGUACGCCACACAGCAACACAGCAACCACAGCAGCUUAAUUACUACCAUCCUCAGAAACAACAGCAGCAGCAGCAGCAGCAGCAGCAGCAACAACAACAACAACAACAACAACAACAACAACAACACCAGCAGCAGCAGCAGCAACAGCAGCAUCAUCAACAGAAACAGCAGCAACAGCAACAACAUCCUCAAAAACAGCAGCAACAGCAGCAGCAUCUGUUGCUGGUAGAUGUAUCAGCACAAAUCAGUUCUCACAUUACUAGUGGCAAAGUAACAGAUGCAGAGUCAAAGUUGCAUUUGCAGCAGUCAAAUUCAUCCGGCACAUUACAACCCCAUCUGCCUCGUCACAGCCAUCACCACCAUCACAACCAUCACCACCACCAUCAUUAUCACCACCACCACCAUCACCAUCACCACCAUCCAAACCUCCCUCAUAAUCACCCUGCCAAUCAGCAACCUCAUUUACAACAGCAGCAGCAACAGCAGCAGCUUCAGCAAUCUGUUGUGCCAGUACUGCACGGAACAAAAUCGUCAGCAGUUUCUGAAAAAGGAACGUCACCAAUCCAAGUACAGGUUGGAACACAGACAUGCAUGCCACCAGAAGAAUUUCCUCAAACUUCUGCACAUAUGAGUAACAGAGCAUCUUGUAAUGGAUCACCGAAUGGCCAGCAGUGUACAUCAAACACAUUUCUGCCAUUAAACAACAAUAAAUCUGCGCUUACCUCUAGUAGUAAAAUUCUACCUAAUCACACGUCAGCAGCACUAAAAUCCGUACCAAAUACUGUGUUUACAAAUGGCAGCAAGUCUCAUGCACUAUCAUGUGCUGGUGGACCAAAGCCCCAAGCGAAUUCCUCUCCUGCGUCUCCACCACGUGGUACUAAACGUUCUGCUACAAGUCCGUUGCGGUCUAUAAGCAGAAGCGACCUCAUUGAACAUCAGCUGAAAACUGAUCAAACUGAAGCUUCAAUGCCUGAUGUGCAGACACCUUUUUCAAGUUCUCGCGAUGCAUGUAAGCGCCUUAUUCGGUAUCACGUGUAUAAUGAAAAGGUCUUGAGCCAGAAAGAUUUGGAGAAAGCUGAUGAAAUAUUUGAAGCAACUGCGAAACACCUGUUAGAUAAAUUUCGGCAAAUGAUGAAUAAAUACAACUAUUUGCUGUUGAUGGAGAGCAUGCGUGAAGUAAACACAUCAGAAUUGAUAAUGAUUGAUCGGAUGUUUGUGGCAGAGGAACAUAAUAUUCUGGAGAAGUUAAAGGAAGAGGAACAGAGGGCAAAAGAAGAACCAGUGACAGCAGAUGUAACAGCUUUGAAAACUGAGCCUGCAGUUGAUUGCCAGAACUGCAGGUAUCUGAAUUCCGAUUUAGCUGACAUUAGAGAUGUGCGAGUAGUCAUCCAGGAUGUCAUGAAAAAUGAAUCAAUAAAGAGAGAGUUGGAAGAAGACAAAUUCACUGUCAUAAAGAAGGAAAAGUUGGACUUCGAUAUAGACAGUGAUGAAGCGAUGCCAGUGGAGCAGUCUACAUCAGCACUUGUUCCGAAGGUAGAUCAGAAUUAUGAUGAAUGGGAAGAAAUACAAAAGGAGCUAGGAGUAUUUUGUCCCACCUCUCAAUCUUCGUGUACACUUCAGGAGACCUCUGUUGUUGUAAAAUCUGAAGAAAAUGAGAAUGUCGACAGUUGCUGCCGCCACAUUAAAAUGGAAGCUGAUGAUGACAUGUCACACGGAUUAAAAAAUUUAGAUCCGUUGAAUUGUAGGACUCCUGAGUACAACAGGACUCACGAUAGUGUUCAGAACAUUUCUACAGAUGCGUUAAAAUGUGAACCUAACUCUGAAAAUAUGGACACAGUGCAAAAGUCCUGUGAUAGUGCAUCAAAUGGUGAACUCUGUGAUCUCUAUAACCACAAUAUUCCUAAAUCUGUUACUUCAGAUACUGAAAUUCCAGAAGAUCCAAACUGGGAGAAAAAGUUAGGAGUGGUGUCGGGGGGUCUCAAAAGUAGGUGCUCUAGAGAAAGAGUGGCUGGGGAGAGUGAGCCAUUGAAGUAUUUGAGCCAGUGUGUUGUGAACAAUUUAAGUAGUGAUGUUGAAGUGCAAAAGAAAGACAGGCGAGAUAUCUGUGAUACCACUGACAGUACCACAACUUUUGUGCACAAAAGAAAACGCCACAAACAUGAUACUCAUUUUGUCAGUGAACGUAUUAAAGGACUGUCUAAUGUGGUACGUGGAAAUAGGAGUUUUUGUGAAAGUGAACAGGAAAAUGAUGACGAGGAUGAUGAUGACGACGAUGAUGAUGAUGAUGAUGAAGACGAUGAUGAUGACGACGAUGACGAAGAUGAUGAUGAGGAGGAGGAGGAGGAAGAGGAGGAGGAGGAGGAGGAAGAAAAUGAUGCUUUAAAUGCUCAAGUACAAAGUGCUAUCGAUAGCAUACUGAAUCUGCAACGCUCAGAAGACGGCUACGAAUUACCAUCUGCGAGUGUUGGUGCCGUGAGUGAUGUGAGUGUACUCAACCUGCCGGUAGAUGUAAACUCUGAAGAAAUAGAUCACAAAUAUUCUAGGAAAGUUGCUGAAGAUAAAUUAUUUUCGGAAGAGAGAAGUACAAAGCUUCUUAAGUGUCAAAAAAGGACUACAGCAUCAGUUGUGAAUUCUUGUGUUAAUUCUCCAGUGUCCAUUGAGUAUAGUGGUGAAACAGAUCCUUUCAUAAAUAGGAACUCUACCAUUGUUAUUACUAAUGGUGGUGGUAUCGAAGAAGACAGCAGUGGAAAUGGUGAUGCUGCUUUAGAUGAGGCUGUAAGAAGUAUAUUGACAUCCUGACCUUUGCAAAGCAUGACACAGCCUUUGCUGACCUUUGCAAAUGCACCACUGACUUCCAUUCUCAGCUCAAAUUGGUCAACUUUUUGCUAAGUUGAGUCAUUAUUUUAGAAUAAAUUCAUUAUAAUGUACGUUCUUCUAUAAAAAUGUCAUUUAAGCACAAAUUCUUCACUAUUCUAAAACAUAAAUCAGUAUUUAUUUUAUUAGUGAAAAUUGACCACCUAUGAUCUGCGAGGAAGUCUGUGACAGGCAGUCAGUCAAGCUUCGUUUAACAGCUCUAAAGUGUAAAACCAAUCUUUUGCAUAAAUAUUAUGCUCCAGCAAUGAAAACCUGCAGGUUUUGUUGUUUUUAUUUUAUUGGCAAUUUGUACAUUACUGAACAAUAUUAAAUUUCUGGAAACAUAUGGCUAACGUUUCAAAUAAUGAUGUCAUCUAUGCUGGCCAUAUUUGUGUAGAAAGUAUGGUAUUACACUGUUUACUUAGAUUUGUUUGAUUCAACAGGGAAGUUUGUGUGUUUGAGAGAGAGAGAGAGAGAGAGAGAGAGAGAGAGAGAGAGAGAGAGAGAGAGGGGUAAUCACAUGGGUGAACAUUAAACUGCACACAUUAAUGCUGGAACCCAUGUUUGCGAAUCUGCUCACUGUUUGGCAUUUUGUAGCAUUGUUGUUUCUUAUGUGAAUGGCAGUUAAUAAUAAGUUGGUUUUAAAACUUAAGUAUUACCGGUGUUCUUGCAGUGGGUGAGAAACAUGUUUUAUAUUUGUUUCCAGAAUGUAAUCUAGUCAUUAUCAAUAGUUUCAUGUGGAGUGAUUCCUGAACUUCCAGUAAGACACUGUUACCAUAACUGUUUUGUUGCAGUGCUAGUACAGAUACAAAUGACUGUGUAGGUAGAUGUAGAUGACACUUCUGGAUCAGUUUUUGUCUUCUUUGUUCUUAGGCAGAAUAUUAGUGCUGAGGUUUUAUGAGAUUCAUACAAAAUGUCCAUAUUGCAUGCGAUAGAGAAUAGUUUCUGUAUGUAGAGGAAGUUUGCCUACAGGUUACAGGAACAUCAGAUGGAAUAUAGAGCUGGGAGCUGUGUGUCAUCACAUUCCUUGGUUUUUGCUCUGAGUUUAAGACAAUUAUAAUGAGGAGUACAUACAUGUGCCAUCCAAUAGUCACAUUUUGGACAUACAACAUGAGGGUGGUGCUGCAGUGCAGUACUCUACCCCUCCCCUUCAGCAUACUGUAAUUUGUGGCCUAUAUGUUGUUUUCAAAUAAAGCCACUCAGAUAUUUUCUUUAAGGUGAAUACUCAUACAUUCAUAUCAGUUAUAAAAAAUCAUUUUGUAGCUCUAUCACAAAAAGAAUAAUAUGGUGUCAAAUGAUACACAAGAGAAUUAAACAGAUUGUCCUUAAGGUAAAAAAAACUAACUCUAUGCAUAUAUCAGUUAUUUGUCCAUAUUAGUUAAAUCACUGUACAGCAUAGUCAGCCUCUUCUAUCAUGCAAAAGUGGCUAUUCAAAGGACAGAACAUUAUAGCCCAAGCUAAGAAGAACCCAUCUUUUAUUAAAUAAAUUGAACAUGUAUACGUUUUUCUAUGCUUUCAAAGGCAUAGAUUAUUUAUCUCAACUGCAAUCUAAUUAAUAUUGUAAAGUACUGAAUAUUGUUCUUUUUUGUAACGUAGAGUAGAGAAAAUAAAUAUAUCUUUUAUUUGUCUAGAUCACAAUUUAUAAAGUAUUAGUGGUUUUGAUUGUGCUAGCAGUCAUCAUCGGAUCUUACAUACAGUGUUGAAAUUUGGGCAGUGCACUUCUCUGAUGUGUCGAGUAAGAUGGUGUUUUAAGUUUCUUCUGGUUGACUUAACCCAGAUCCAGAUGAGUUAUGUUCACCACAGGGCUUACUCUCACAAUCUUCUGUCACACACAUCUGUUCUCUUGUGAAGUGUUUCUGUCAUAUUGCUCAUAUGCUUCAGGUUAAGGGUUACAUGCUACCUCUACUGUGCCCUGGUUUAUACUGUGUGACAACAUCGAAUUUUGUAUAACCCUAAGUUUAACACCAGUGGAUGUUUAAUUGCUUUAUCAGUUCAUACCACCACACUGUUUACAAUUUACAGUGUGAUGGUGUGCUUUGACAGAGUAAUUAAAUAUCUACCAGUGUUAAAUCAAGCAUUAUGCAAAGAUCAAUAAGAACAUCCAAAGCAUAGCUUUAGCUGUGCCCUUGUUUAUUCUGCGCGACCUCGUUGAUCUUUUAUACUGCUUGAUUUAAUGCUGGUAGAUAUUAAAUUGCUUUGUCAACUUAAACCAGCGCACUGUAAAAUGUAAGCAACCAUGGUUACAUUUUACGGUGUGAUGUUAUGAUUUGAUAGAAUAAUUAAUCAUCCACUAGUGUUAAGUGUAGGGUUAUGCAAAAAUCAGUGAGGUCACACAGCAAAUGCUGCAUGUAAUCCUGAACCACAAGCACACAAACACUGUGAUAGAAAUACUUCACAUGUUAAAGAGAAAAGAUGUUUGUCUCACAAGAUUGUGAGAGGAAGCCCUAUGGUAAACAUAACUCGUAUGGAUUAAGUGUGUCAGACAAAACAGAGAGCUAGACUUUGGUUUGUGGAGACUGGCAAAAAAUUUUCAUUAAAAUUUGAUCUUACUCAAUACAUCAGAGAUGUACACUGCCCAAAUCUCAACCUUGUAUCUAAUAUGAUUACUAUCACAACCAGGACCAGUAAUAUCAUUUUAUAAACUUGUGAUCUAGACAAAUAAAAGUUAUAUAAAAAAUUAAAGUACGUGUUCCACAUUCUUGAUCAUGUCACACAUAGUUAAAGUAGUGAAAACAUUCAAAUGAACUUAUAAUAGUGGUUCCUUUCUCCUAACUAAGUGGCUAUGCAACUGAUGGCGAAUUCUUUGGAUCAUUGCUGCGAUGAUAGUUGCUUAUCUUUAAGAUAUUUAAUGAUUAUUUUUGAAGAUGAUUCUCUCAAAUCGAAAACAAAUUAUUACAGUUCCUUUGGUGAAGACUCUGGACAUGUACUCAGGAGAAGUGAGGUUUAAAUCCCUUUCUGUUCAUCCUCAUUGAGGUUUUGUAUUUUUUACGUUAAAUCACUUCAAACAAAUGUCAAGGUAGUUUUUUAAAUGGGACUGUGGUGAAUUUCUUUCCACUUGCCCAAUAUGAGCUAUUUCUCUACUUCUAAAGGCCUAGAUGUCAAUGGAACAUGAAAUUUGAACAUUCCUUUUGUAUAUCAAAACCAUCAGACAUGUUCUGUUACAUUAUAUUCAUUAUGGGCAAGGGAAAAGUUUCAAAAAUAUUACUUCUGUCUCCACUGGGUGUUUCCUUAGUAACUGAAAUUUUUUUGACAGUUAUUGCAGCAUUGUUUAAAUAUAUUAUGGAGAAAGGUUUCAAGUUCAUCCUUAAAACAUGUUGCACUUUGAAGGUAUCAAGAUGGCUUGCAUUGUGUUAUUUAACUAUGGCAGUCAAACAUUUAGACCCAAACCUUUGUCCAUACUCAUUAAAUAUUUGUCUCCUUUAUUGCAUUAAAACUAAACAUACAGUGUUUUGCCAUAGUUUCAUAGGGAUGACUAGUACCUGUACUCAUAUGUCAAAAAUGUAUUUUAUUUUAUCUUCACUAACUUACUUAAAUCCAGAGACAGCUGGUGAAUUUUUGCUUUCACCGUUUCAUGUCCAGAGUGUAUAGUCACACUAAUUGUUAAAAACAUCUAUAGUGACAUAAUUUUAAAUGAGGGAAAGUGUACAAGAGAUGAAUUUAUCCAGUUUUAAAUUAAUAGCAUUGUUUGGCUUAGAACCUGUUGGUUUUGCCUUUGUGUGCUUAUGAUAUACUGUGUCACUCAUGGGGAACAAAUUUGAUGUCCUAACUCAUUUUUAGAUAUUCCUCUGUUAGUUGUAUUUGUAGCACUGCAACAUUCAGUUCACGUAAAUGUAAAACUUCAUCAGUGUAACAGGCUUGACAGCAUCUUCUUCUCAGUAUUCAGCAGUCUUUUGCAGGAAUGUAGAUACUAUUAGUACACCACAUUCACUCUUUAAGAAAGUGGAGUAAUCCAAAUGCCAAUCACAAUUUAUGCCGUUCACAUUUUUUUAGUCUGUUUAUUUACUGUGGUUGCCGAUUUUAUAGAUCUCCUUCCCCCCCUCCCCCUUCCCCAGUAAAUUUAGCUUCUUAUGUUCUCUUCUCUUUGUAAUUAUUCUUGGAAUACUUUCUUAUUUUAUUUCUUAAAUAAAAGAAAAUGCUGCAAAAUGUCUGGAAUCUUUUAAGUACAAAAGUAUAUGAGGCAUUGGCAGAGGAGCCAGAAUGAUUUAUAUGUAACACUUACUGCUCCUGAAAUUAUGUUCUCUGGUUCUGAACAGGAGCUAAUAUUUAUUAUAUAAUAAUGUGAUGCAAAAGUGUUGUGAUUUUUGCUGUGUAAUAUUGUUACUUAAGUUUAUGUAUUAAAUUCUUUCUUUGCUUUCAAGAAAAUGUAUUUUCUGAUUACACAUAUUGAAAUCAGUAGUAGCCAGUUAAGUGAUUGAUAUUCAGGAUUACCAGACCACCGAUGUAAAAUCUGAGGUAAAUGUUUGGAGACUGAUGACACUGUUUUUACCUUGUACAUUUGUUUGUAUAUCAUGUAGAGAACUGCUACUACAUGUGUUUAAGUACCCAGUGUUACAUACUGCACAAGAAGUAAUCCAUGAGGUAAUAUAAUAUGUGGUCAUUUUUACAUUAUUUGUUGUAUGUAGUUAAUGAUUUUUCAGUGAGAGGCACACUUAAUUUUCUGUGGUAAGGAGAAGGUUGCACCAUUUUUAAUGCACUAUUGUGUUGUUUCAUAGUGAAAUGAUUAUGUCUCUAUUAUAAACUUUGUGAUCACAAAUAUUUAAGACAGGUUAUUGUGUAGUAUUUUGACUAAUUAUUUGCUGCUCAUAAUUCUGCGGUAGUUCAGUUUGUCAGUAUGAUGGGAGAUGAGCCUGUUUAUAUAUGUAGAACACUUUUCCCUUCCUGGGUAGUAAGUAGUGGAGGGCAUUGGCCUUUCAUUAUGUAGUAAAAGUGUUGUGUUUCUCCAAAUAGUUUGUUUAAUAUGUGCUGUAGUGCAGAAAUAUUUAUCAUAAAUAAUAAAUUCCUGAGUGUUCUCACUUUGCAAACUUUUUCAGUUUUUAGUUGAAAUUCAUUGUUGGUAAUGCCAUCAUAUUUGUAAGUGCUUUAACACACUUAUUGUGGUAGUAGAGACCACUUCACAUAACUAACUUGAUUAACAGGCUGUAUAGCUAGAAUGAAAAUGGUGCAUCCUCCUAACCAAACCUCUGUUGAUUCUAAAAUUAUUUGUCCCUGCAACAUUUAAUUUUGUUUGUGGCAGCAUAUAAAGCAGAUAACAGGACACAAAUGCACUGCUUAAAUAGGCGAGUGUGAUUUAGAAAUUAGUACUGUAUAAUGCACAGCCAUCCCACUUCUAGAAGUUUAAGACUUUUAAUUGAUCAUUAGUCAUCAGCCUUCUUUCAAUUACUUCAGUGUAAGCGAGUCCCCUUUCUGUUGGCAAAAGACUGAGAUCACUUGCAUCAGAUAUCAUUUUGCAAGCUCACUCAAGUGCUUAGAGAAAUUGGCUGUACAAUGAAAUAUAUUUUUUUCUGGUUCACACUUAAUAAUCUGAUAUAAUUGUAUGAAUGUUGUUGUACACUGCAGCAAUUCCAUGUGUGCAUAAAUGUAAUUGAUAUAAUUAUUGGUUCCUAUGAAAAUUCUGUAAAUAUAAGAUUUGUGGAACAUGCCUCGCCAAAUUUGAAGCCUAGAUAAUGUACGGUGUUUUGUAUUUCGGGUAACUGCAAGUCCAAGCUAAAUGUGUUUAUCCACAUUGUACAUUGGGAACAGUGUAGAAACUGUGUUUUAAUUUAUGGAACUGGGCAUUUGUAGAUAGUAUUUAUUUAUUACCUGCCAGUCAUUUUUCAGAGUGAUAAAACUAUUUUACUCAGACUGUAAUAUUUGUAUGUAUAAUUGUGUGCAUAUGUAUAUACAUAUAUAUAUAUAUAUACAUAUAUAUAUAUAUAUAUAUAAAUAAAAGUUUAGAUUUUGGAGUGCCCAGAUGCAAAUAAUUGUGUGUUAAUAUUUUAAAUGUGUUUCUUAUACAUUUUUUCAAUUAAAUUAGUAAUUACAAGAACUGAUAACAGUGUUGGGGUCAUACAUUUGAUCUCUGUUUAUUGCUUGGAAAUUGUAUUAUUUAAUGUACAAAGUGAGAACAUUUUAAUCCAUGCAAAAUAUUUAUGAAAAUAAAUAGAGAUAUCAAUGUUGUAGGAAUAUUUUUACAAAAAC